AUGCUCCAUAUUAGAGUUUCUGUUGAUAUGUGUUUGCAGAAUGUUCCUAACACACCAUGUGUCUUCUUAGGUUGCUUGGAUCCUGAGAAAUUCAAGGACUUUAAACUUGUUAAACGCACUCAGCUCAGCCAUAAUGUGGCUAAAUUUAAAUUUGCUCUUCCAACACCAACAUCAGUGUUGGGACUUCCUAUUGGACAGCAUAUUAGUUGCAGAGGAAAAGAUAGCCUUAAUGAAGACGUUGUCAAACCAUAUACCCCAACAACUUUGGAUUCAGAUGUUGGAUACUUUGAAUUAGUCAUAAAGAUGUAUCCACAAGGAAGGAUGUCUCAACAUUUUCAAGUGAUGCGUGAAGGUGACUAUCUGGCGGUAAAAGGACCUAAGGGACGAUUCAAGUAUCAGCCUAACCAAGUUAGAGCUUUUGGGAUGCUAGCUGGAGGCACUGGCAUCACUCCGAUGUUCCAGGUUGCCAGAGCCAUAUUGGAAAAUCCUAGUGACAGAACAAAUGUACAUCUUAUAUAUGCCAAUGUCACAUAUGAGGACAUUCUAUUGAAAGAAGAGUUGGAUAAUCUUUCCAGUAACUUUCCCAAUCGUUUCAACAUUUAUUAUGUUUUGAAUCAGCCUCCUGAAAUUUGGCAAGGUGGUGUUGGGUUCAUAUCAAAGGAAAUUAUUCAAACUUACUGCCCUGCACCAGCACCUGAUAUUAAGAUUUUAAGAUGUGGGCCACCGCCCAUGAACAAAGCUAUGGCUGCUAACCUCGAGAGUCUGGGAUACAGUCCGGAAAUGCAGUUCCAGUUUUAGGUCUUUGCUGGAGCUCUCCAAUGGGGUUUCCUAUCCCUAGCAUAAAUAAAGGAUUUUUAUUUAGGAUUACAUGACAUUUGAAAAUGAGAGUGUAGCUUGAAGAGGUUCCUGCAUUGUCCUUAAUAGUUAAACAUGGUUUAAAAAAAAGUGCAGAACAAGCUUCUGACUUCUCUGCUAUAAGCUCUCUAGUUUUUAAGGUAAAGAAUAUUUUAGUAGACUUAUUGCGGUGCCACUGAAAAUGAGCAACAUGAUGCAUAGGGUUUUUUGCAGUGCCCGUAGUUCCCUUAUUUCUUUUCGACCGUAUCAAGAAGGUAGUUGAGAGUUUUUUCUUCAAUU